UCGAUACGUGCGCCAUUACCGGGCAGUAGCCCACGUACCGUCCCUCUAUUUUCAUUGUCAGUCGAUCAGCUGAUCAGCCAUGGAGACUUCAAUCCUGAACGCGGCCCAUGAGAAACAGAGGAGGGCAGAGGCGUUGCUACUAGAAAGAAGAUUCGAGGAGGCAGCCAAGUGUCAUGAGAUGGUAGCCAGCCUCUUGGGAGAGGCACACGCGCAGCUCGAAUUUAGUUCGGUUCAUCUGAGGAACUCCAGUAUAUCUAGUCAACCACCGCCAACUGUGAUCUCGUCCUUUCAUUCGUUAAUCACUCUCGAAUCUCUUGCCCUUCAACGUGAUUACCAUAAACGACAAGCUGCUGUAGUUAGAAUGAAACAAGCACAAUACGAAGAGUACAAAACUACCUUAGAGAACAAACAGCGGGAAAUUCUUAGCAAACAAGUACCGACGGAGACAGAAAAGAGCACGAUAACGUCUACGAGUGACAAAUUAGAUGAAUCCUUACGGCAAGCCAUAUUCAGGACGAUCGAAGAACAGGACAGUCUAAUUAAUCUAAUCUCAUUUACAAAUAAUGCAGACAAAGCAUUUAAACUUCCAAAGGACGCAGGAACAGUGAUCGAAGAACUGAGAACUGUUAACUGCCAAUUGCGUUGCCUCAUCAACAGCCUGUUGAACCAACUGGAGGCAAAGGAAGAGGAAGUGAGGCAGUUAACCGAACAACUUAACAAUGUGUCCACUAAUCUGAACGAUGAAAGUAGACUGGACAAUGCACAUUCCCUGAGACACGUGCCCCUGCCUCCUCUGACUCCUUUGGAAAUGCCUCUCUUCGACUUUACUUCUACGUAAAGCACAACUUCUGUGUCAAUCUCCUCUAUCAGAUCUGUAAUAGUACAAAAAACGCGAUUGACAGCGUUUGGUUUAUCGCAUAAUGUUAAAGUUCAUUUGUAUCAUACAUGACGUUUUCUACUUCUUACUUUUAUUCAAUCGGUGUUACUCGAAGGGAACAGUCACAUAUCAGUUAGGAGAAACGACGUAGCAUUUUGUUUAUGAGUGAAACUCGGAAGAUUAUGCGUGCGAAGGAUAGAAAUAGCCGAUUUAUCGAUUAAAGUACUGCCAUUACGGAUGCUCACGGCAGAGAUAAAUAGUACUGUAAUGUACGUUCUCCGCGGAGUUGUACAGACGAUACGUAAGCGUUCGCAACCGUUGUUAAUCCACGAUUCGUUUCAGUAAUUAUUAUCGAACACGCAGAAAGCGUUUGAAGAAAGAAACUUUAUUACAUACUAUGUAAUGUUGCACAAUAAAUAAUAUACAUAUACGAA